AACUAGCUCUGACAUUUGCUUCAUCCUAUGUCAUGCCCCUUUAUCAACGAAUUAAAGCUUUGAAUAUAACUUCACGUUAGUAGUUUCGUCUGUCAUUUCGUGUGUCGCACACAGCAGUCAUUUUAAUUGAUUAAACUCUGAUCGUGUUCUUUUCAAAAUGAGUCUAUAAAGUCUCGCGCGCGCGCGCCAUUUUACAGGUGAACUGUGGCACAUGGAAUUUCUGCAGUCCGCUAACGUUAACAGAAAAUGUAUAUAUCAAUAUGGUUAUUGGCCUAAAAAAGAUUGUUCAGAUUUUGUUUUAAGAUUCGGCUUGGAUUUCUGCUGAUCGUUGACCAUGCUUCUGGGACCUUCAUGGUUUUGAACUUUGGUAACUUGAUACGUUUUAUGUCGAUGUUUGAGCAGCGUUAUAUGAUUUGUGUUUUUAUACAGUCUAUCGUCAGACGUGGUUAACGUUAGUUUAUUUAUUUUAGUGGAUUAAAGUACUCAAUUACAUUUUAAGGAGCAAAAAAUGUAAUAUGUGUAGUCGUGGAAUAUAUUGAUGUCUCAUUUCGGAGGCUGCGUCCUGGUCGCAUUUGAAGGCUGCAUACGUCAUCGGGGAAGUCUCAUUUGAGAAAAGUGGACAAUGUCGACAAUUAAAACCAAUUUACCACAGAUAUUUUUAUGUAAAAUGUAUCGGCAUUAACGAGGUUUGACCAUUGGGGCGCUGUACGUAGCGUAAAACUGUAUUGCAAGUCUUUCCGGAUACAAUAGAUGAAGAAACCGCGCGCUUAUUUAGACUGCCGGAGGAGGAGAGUUUGAAAGUUUGCACGGAGACGAAAAUGGUAUCAUUUCUCAAAAGUUCCCGUUUUGUCUUGUUAAUGAGGGUUUAUAACGGAUAAAAAGUUAACCUAUUUCGAUUUAAUUGGUAUCUUUGCCGUUUUGAUAAAUUAUUAAAGUUGUCUUGAUAUUUUUAUUUUUUUACAAUCUUGUUUCAAAUUGAGUCUGUGUUUGUAGCAAACCAGUAAGAUGUGUUUCUUCCUCUACAAGCCAGGAGUUCAGGUGCUUAAUCACAAUGAUUGUCAAAGCACAAUUUCGGAAUAGGAAGAAAUUCAUAAAAAUCUCAGAGGCGUGCUUUGAUUUAUUUCUAGCAGAGGUGAAAGAGAAGUUCUCAAUUCCAGACGACCUUGCUGUUACAGUUACAGAUGAAACUGGUACAGAGGUGGAUAAAGAUGUGUUUCCUGAUCUAAUGUCCACCAGUGGGUUGGUUUUAGUCAUAAAUGAGUUGACUGACAUGGGAUCUUCCACACCUCAGUCUUCAGUAAGCUUGGAUACAGAUACACUGUCUCUAACUUCAAAACGCAGUGAAGAGAGUGACUGGUUUAGUCCAAAACGAUUCAGAAAGGAUGAAGAUGAUGAUGUGGCAUCACAACGAGCACAGGCCAGAGACCUGAUAAAACAAAUUCUAGAGACAAGACCAGGUGGAGGAAAUGUGCUUAAGGAGUAUGAAGAUACAGGCACAAUUAGUGAUGACACAAGGAAAGUGAUGGUGAACAUCUUAGUUGCACGCAUGAUGGAGACAGAAGGAAGGGUCCCACAUCGACUUACCAAACAGAAGUAUGGAUUGGGAAUUAUCACCUUAUUUCCCUCACUCAGAGAUCCCCAAGGAAGGACUGGAUAUGAACAUUUCUAUGAUGGCCAAAAAAACACUGGAUUCUUGUCAUGGCGCCUCAAGACAGUACAAAGGGGGACAAGACCUUCUGGAAAUAAGGAAGAUUCAAAAACAGAAGAAAAGGGAGGUCCUUUGCUUGACAGACAGCUAUGUUACCAAGAACAUCAGCUAGAUAAUGAUCAAAGUGUAGAGGCCAUCUCUUUGAUGAAUCAUACAAGUGAACGUGAGGUCAUCAUGCAGAAGAUGAAGGCAACGUUUGAAUACAGACAGCGCCUUGUCCAUGAUCCAGAGGGAUCCACCACCAUUCUCUCUGUUUUUCCUCGGUUCCUGGACACUAAAGGAUUGAUUCUUCAGGACUUCACACUCCUCUUUGGGUCAGAAACUGCUUCCAGACUUUUGGAAAGGUGGCCGACAGUUUUCAAAGCAAAGGUUAUCAGACUAGGAGAAACCUUGACUCCCACUCCACUGCUGAAAAGAUUACUGUCAUCUGCCAAACAGAGCAAAGAAAGCAGCGAGGCACAGGAUUCCCCAGAGUGGGACAGUGAUAUAUCAUCCUUCCUUCUACUUUUGCAUCUCCUAUCACCCCAGGCUUCAGGAAGAAAGAAAAUCCAAAGGAUCAGUAUUUCACAGGCUAUUGACCAUCUGGUGGUGUUUCACAAAGCAUGCAGGAGCAUACAGGAACACCUUGAGCUGGAGGAGAAUCGUCAGCCAUACAUUCUUGCCUCCGGGAGCAGCAAGGAAGCCAUCAGUCACUACUUCAUUGUGGUGGAUAAAAAGCUCAUCCCCUGUCAAGAAUCCUCUUCACUGGCUGCCAUUGAUGAACUCUUCAAGGUUCAUUUUGUUUUCAGUCUCAGUUAUGAUAGCCAUUGCCUAUCACUGGGAGUCAUGUACUAUCAGGGGUAUCGAGUCUGGGCCUGUUUCAAAUGAGCUGUUG